GUUGCUUCCUCGCAAAAUUUGACAUUUGUCAAAGCUUUCGACAAAGCAACCUUUAUGUUGGAAAGAAAGUCUUUGUUUUAUGCCCACUUGGCUGUACAGUUCUUUUUCUUUCUUUCCGUACACAUAUAAGCUUGAUCUCUUUCAAGGAAUGGGGGCAUAAUCUUACCUAGAACACUACCUCAGGAGGUAUGCUAGCAAUCACACUGGCGCAGAACGCGAUCCUAAGCACGCAGCUCGCGUUUCCUAGCGGUUCGCAAGCGGACUCAGUUCAAUCGCCUGCAACAAUGCAGACUUUUAGUACCACAUCUACAUUAUGCUCAGCAGUUCCCCCGACCAAUGCUGGAUCCAGAGAAGUUAGGGCUAUCCCAAAACCGCGGCCUAAGCGCCGACUCAAGCCUGAGGGACCUUCAAUACCCGAGCACAUCAAAAACCGCGACCUACAAUGGUUUAAGGCACAACUAGAACAGCUAGCUGCUGCCCGUAAUUCAAAGAUAGCAAGUCCUGUGGCGGAUCCAACUGGUACGUUUGUAUUGUUGAAUAAUGCAGCAGGGGCCCCUGCUGCAGAGAAGCCAAAGCCGUCUCGCAUGCCAGGGAGGAUAUAUCCGAGACCGUCACUCAGUGGACCGAUGACAGCAAACCAGCCUACAGCUGCGGAAAUCAUUUAUCAGACGAGUACUUUUGCCCGGGUUCCAGCUCCUGUGGACAUCAAGCGAUCUAACGGAGAAAGAAUCACGCCCGCUGUAACUGAUAUUAAUAUGAGUGACUCACAACUGGAAAAUGUUCCUCGAGAUCCAGAGAAGCAUCCCUCGAGCGCGCCAGAAAACGUUGCUCCCAAUGUCACUAUGUCCUCGCUAAAGCAAACCACGGAUUUCCUAGCUUCAACGAAGCCACCUGGGACACCCUCGAACCAUUUAGUAGUCAAACAAGGCGAAUUUCAGUCGUAUCCAGUCACCACUCCGCAAGUUAAUUCCCCGAGAUUUGGAGGGCAAAUGGUCAUGAUGAUUUAUUGGCGAGGACUUGCAUCGGCUCUCGAGACUCUUAACAUCACUUUCAACCUCGAUUCACAUUAUUCCCAAAUAGCUCAGUGGGCGAAGUCGAAGCAUACCAAGUCCUCACUAAGCUCAGAUUUGGAACAAAGUGUUUGUGUGUCGUUCGCUUGCUAUCAUCUCCCCAGUCUUCCAUUCCAUCCACUAGAAGGUGAUAGACCUACGCCAUGCUUUGAGACACUGAUGUACUCGCCAUGCACGUGGCCCACAUCUGGGGACGUUUCACUGCAGACGAAGCGGAACGGGAAGGAUUUUAUCAUUCCGCUAGCUCCACCGCUUUUCGUCACCCCAGACAAUUGCAUCGACAUCUCUGCUUUCAUCAGAGGUGGAGAAAACAAGUUUUCAGUGGUCCAUCAGAGCGACAUAUCUGACUAUUUGUUUGUGCUCCACGUCCACCAUCCUACGCCGGAGCAACUUAGCUAUCUCGCUUCGUGCAGGCAUAGACGUGAGGAGUGGGUGAAGAGCAUGAGUGAUCUUCGCAAAUUUGAGCCGAAGGAAUCGUCAUGGAGGCAAUGACUGCCGUCCGAAGUUAUAUCAUA